UCCUUAGAGAACAGCCACUUGAGAGCUUCAGAGAACCUGUCAGCUUCUGAAAUAUGUGAGAAUGGGGACUGAGGACUGAGAACUGAACAGGGACAGUUGAGGAGUGGCUAAGGGACGACUCCUUUGGACACUGAGCUGGCCCAACCUGACCCCAAGCAUCCAGUUAGUCGUGGACUAAUAAUAUGGACCCCACAAUGACCGCAGCCCUGAGGGAAGUGCUGAGGAAACCUCUGGACAACCUCACAGGGGACGAUUUUAAGAGUUUCAAGCACCUCCUUCGGGACCAGGGCCAAAUCACAUGGGGAAAGCUGGAGAAGGCCGACAUAAACGACACUGUGGACUUGAUGGUGCAGGUGUACACCAAGGGAGCUGGGGACGUCAUGUUGACCAUCUUGAAGAAGAUGAACCAAAACCAGUUGGCCAUGGACUUGGAGAAAGAUCUGGAAGAAUUGGGAGGCCAACAGUGUUCCCCAGGUCUGGUCAGAGGGGAUGGUGGGGUCAAAGUGGACAUCACUGCUGACUCGGAAGGGAUGGUGGACGCCUCAGCCUUGAGCGGAGGAUCACCCACGCCACAACAAGGAGGGGAUGACAAUGCAGCAGAGGAGGUUAAAAAGAAGAAAACAUCACUAAAAUUGAAGCUUCGGGAGCACCUGAAGAAAAGGUUUUCUUUUGUACAUGAAGAGUCUGGAGUUUCUACUGUACAAGAUAUCUACACUGAGCUUCACAUUGUAGAGGGCCGCACAGAUGGAGUCAACAGCACACAUGAAGUGUCGGCGAUCAACAUGAGCCAGAUUGGGAGAGGACCAAGCUCUGAGGAUAAACAAGUCAAGUUGGCAAACAUGUUCACAGACGGGUCUGCCACAAAAGUUUUAACUAUGGGAGUUGCUGGCGUGGGGAAAACUGUUGCAGUGCAGAAGUUUGUCAUGGACUGGGUUGAGGAAAAGGCAAAUCAAGAUAUAGACUUUGUUUUUGUUCUUCCAUUUCGGGAGUUGAACUUGAAGAAAGGUGAACGCUUCAACCUUCCUCAGCUUCUUCAGUUAUUCUACCCAAAUCUGGAGGAUCUGGAAAACGUCCUUGACUUGAGUGAAUGCAAAAUUAUUUUUGUCCUUGACGGUUUGGAUGAAAGUAAACUCGAGCUGGACUUUGGCAACUGGAUUUGUAAACUGGGAGAAGAGUCAUCAGUAGACAUGCUCAUAACAAGUCUCAUUAGAGGUAUGCUACUGUCCUCUGCACUCCUCUGGGUUACAACCAGACCAGCAGCAGCCAGUCAGAUCCCAGAAGAAUGCUCCUACUUGCUGACAGAGGUUCGAGGAUUCAAUGACCCCCAGAAAAUUGAGUUCUUUCAGAACAACAUAAAGAAUCCAGAGAAGGCCGAGAGAAUCAUUGAUCAUAUCAAGGAGAAUAGAAGCCUCCACAUCAUGUGUCACAUACCGGUAUUCUGUCGUAUUAUAGCCAAUGUGCUGAAGAAAAUACUGGAAGAUCAGAGCAAAAAAGAAUCACCCAAAACGUUGACGGCAUUGUACACAUGGUAUAGUGUCUUUCAGAUAAAAAGCAUCAAUGACAAAUACCCGGAGGACAAGAAGAUGAGUGCAAAGGAAAAAGGGGAUCUCCUUGUUAAACUUGGGAAACUGGCAUUCAAACAUCUGGAGAAAGGCACCCUGAUCUUCUAUGAGAAGGACUUGGAAGAGUGUAACAUUGAUGUCGAUUGUGGAGCACUGAAGGCUGGAGUUUGUACACAGAUCUUCAACUUGGAGAGUGCUUCAACUGGAGAAGACAUGUUCAGCUUUGUGCACCUCAGUGUACAGGAAUUCUUGGCAGCUCUUUAUGUUCUUCAUGAAGGAGUUCUAAGGGCAAAUCCUUUUCCAAAGAACUGGAAAGAGAAGACCAGCUGGAGAUUCUCUCACUCAAGGUUUGACCUUUUCAAGAUGGCAGUGGAUAAGGCCCUGCAGAGCCAGAAUGGACAUUUUGAUCUUUUAGUUCGUUUCCUCCUCGGCCUGGCUCCAAUGUUGGAGCCUGAAAUCCGAUCUCCCCUGAAGGAGGUCCUGCCACAGUUAGCUAUCAGAGAAGUGAGCAUCGAGAAAACAGUUCAAUACAUCAAAAAGAAGAUCAGGGAGGAUAUCUCACCAGAAAGGACCAUCAACCUCUUCCACUGUUUGAAUGAGUUAGGGGACAACUCACUGGUUGAGGAGAUCAACAGGUACAGAAACUCAGCAGAUGAGGAGAAGAAUCUGACUCCAGCCCAGUGUUCAGCUUUGGCUUAUCUGCUGCUGAUGUCAGCUUGA